ACUGUUCACUGACAGCGCCAAUUGUCGUAAUUCCAUUUGAGAGGACGUCAAAAAAGAUAUCGCUUUUAAAAAACUACUAAGAAACACGUUUUCUUAAAGUCCACACAUUUAAGUAGACUGGCAGUGGAUUUCUGGGGAAAAGUGGACAGAAGUUGUCAAAAAGAAAAAGGGUUUUGUGUGUGUGAAGAAUAUCGCAGUAAGUCGAUGGUUCGGUGCGUCUGUACGAGUGACGAUGUGAAACACAACAGGAUGUCUAGACAACUUGAUCCGUCUUCAAGGAUGACAACCAAAUCCAAAUGGAGCUUUGGGCUCUGGAGAUCUCUGGAUUUUGUAUUUGCUCUGCUCUUGCUCCUGCAGUGCUUUUCAGCAGCAACAACGACAACAACAACAAUAACAUCAGCAGCAGGAGCAACAACAUCAGCAGCAGAUAGAACAACACAUACAACAAACACUUCAGCAGCAACAGCUGUCACAGCAGCUACAGUAACAACUACAGAAACAAAGGGAACAGCAACAACAGCAGCAAGAACAACAACAACAGAAACGGACACAACUGCAAAGAACACAAGAUCAGCAACAAUAACAACAGCACAAAAUGCCGCAACAACACAAAAUGCAAUGUCAGCAGCAACAACAGCAGAAAAUGUCACAACAACACAAAAUGCAAUGUCAGCAACAACAACAGCAGAAAAUGUCACAACAACACAAAAUGCCGCAACAACAGCGACACCAGCAAUAGCUACAAUCACACCUGAAAUGACAACAGCAUUACCGACUACGCCCAUGCCCUGUAGCUUUGAGCUAAGCUGUAAUCAAACAUUUUACUGGAUGGCUAUAUCUGUACACGGUCUAUUUCCAAAUGCAAAUCAGAAUCAAGUUGUCGAAGCAUGGUUUAAGCCAGUGUUUCAAAACAACCUGAGUGAAUGUGUCGAUGCAACUGUAUCUAAAUCCAGCUCCAGAAGCACAAGUGCUUUGACAAUGACACCUGACCCGUUUCUAGACAUGAGAGUGUCAUGCGAACCACAACCUGUUGCAACGGAAGCACUGUGUGAAGUACUUUUAAAGUUGAGUAGACCUGUUGAUGUAUGCUGCAUUAAAAAUACAGUGAUUGAGGCAGGGAACGUAACUAUCAAUGGCACUUUCAUAGGAGGUGUAGAACGAGUGGGUGUGUGUUUGGAUAACACAACAAACAACACAUCCGGACCAUAUAAUGAAUGUAAUAACUCAAGCAAUUCUGAUCAUCAGUGUUCAGGAAAUUGGACAUGUGGAAACAAUACAGAUAACAUUCAGAAGAACUGUACUAUUAUCCCACCAACGUCAAGCGAAAAUUCUUGCAAUUGUUCUUCAACCUGCAAUAGUUCAGAUGCCUAUUACAGAUUAACUGUGGACAACAUGACAAUGAACAUAUCCACAUUAGAGUCCUUUAUCGGUCAGUGGUUAAAAAACUCAUCGUAUCAACUUAACUAUCUGGAGUGUUCAGGGACCAUGUAUACGCUGCAGCAGAAUUGUACUGUUAUAGUGAGACAAAACAAAGGACGCGUGUUUGAUGUGUGUCCUGUCAUCAAAUAUCACAAUGUCUCAUUGGCUGUGAACAGAGUGGCUAUGUGCUCUUGGAGCAGUGAUAAUCCUUAUAAAAGAAACAUCACUUGGAUUCAACAUCCUGUCAGUUUUGAGGACUUUUGUAGAAACAACUCUUUAAACUCUCUUGUUAACUGCUCAAGCGGAUCAAGUGUGGGUGUUCUUCUGAAUGACAGCUGUAAUUCUAACAUCAACGGCACAUCUCCUACCCCUUCUUCCACAACCCCCCCAUCUUCCAUAGAUGCUGGUGAACUGUUAAACAUGACUGCAAACGCUUCAUCUUUAAACUCCACUCAAGUGGACUCGAUCAUAACAAUGCUGGAGAGGCUUCUCUCCGGGCCAAAUGUCAGCGUGGCUCUGGCGAACACUUCUGUGGGGAUUGUGAACAACCUGCUCGAUGUUCCUGUAGCUGUAAUGGCCCCCUUCUCCAAACGGGCCAAUGGAAUUGUGGACACUCUGGGUCUUAAACUGGUUGUAUCAGGAGAGAGUGAGACAUUACUUACUUCAUCGCUGGCUCUGGCCGUUAAGAAAGUCAAUGGAACCAAGUUUCAGGAGAUCUCCUUCUUCAUAACCAACCCAUCAAACGUGGAGAUCCGCAGCGGCUCCAGGCUAAAGAGAGAUGUUCGAUCCGUCCCUCUGGGCUCAGCCAUUCUUCCGGCGUCACUGACACAGAACCUCAGCUCGCAGCAACAGCAGCUCGCAUCCAGAGUGCAGUUUAACUUCUACCAAAAGAGCACAUUCUUUCAGGAUGAAGAACUUGUUAACCGCAGUCUGAUCAGCGGGAUUCUGAGUGCCAGUGUGGCUAAUCUAACUAUCUCUAAUCUACAGAAGAAAGUGACGAUAACACUGCAGCACACGGAGACUCCGGGCAACCGUACGGUAUCAUGUGCAUUCUGGAACCUUAGUUUAAAUGGUGAUAGAGGCGGUUGGAGUUCUGAAGGCUGCACUAAGGUUAACUCCUCAUCAUCUCAGGAAGAAACACAAUGCAGCUGUAACCACCUCACCAGCUUCGGUAUUCUGCUUGAUUUGUCCAAGCAGCCUAUAGAUCCGUUGCAGAACACAAUCUUGACGUACAUAACACAUAUCGGCUGUGGCAUCUCAUCUAUUUUCCUGUCCAUUACCCUGCUCACUUACCUUGCCUUUAGUAAACUGCGCAACGAUAUCCCGUCUAAGAUCCUUAUUCAGCUGUGUUUGGCCCUGCUGAUGUUGAACUUGGUGUUCCUGGUAGACGGCUGGCUGGCUCAGUUCUCAGAAGUUAAAGGCCUUUGCACCUCCACUGCUUUCUUUCUGCACUACUUUCUUCUAGCCUCCUUCACAUGGAUGGCCAUGGAGGCGGUCCACAUGUAUAUAGCACUUGUUAAAGUGUUCAACACUUAUAUCUCUCGCUUUAUGCUCAAGAUUGGAUUUGCCGGGUGGGGAAUUCCACUCGUUGUGGUCAUAAUCGUCAUAGCUACAGACCACAUACCUACACGCCAUAACUACGGGCUUGUUUCAUACUCGAAAUUUGUGGAUGGAACACAAGAUGAUUUUUGCUGGAUCACCAAUGACAUUGUUUUCUAUGUGGCUGUGGUCGCAUACUUCUGCAUUGUCUUCCUGAUAAACUUCACCAUGUUUAUUGUGGUAUUGAUCCAGUUGUGUCGCAUUAAGAGGCAGAAUCCACAAAAUGUGCAGAAUCGCAGUUCCUGGCAGGAGAUUCGCAGUGUAGCAGGACUCACUGUGCUUUUGGGUCUCACCUGGGGCUUCGCUUUCUUUGCUUGGGGUCCCGUUAACCUGCCCUUCAUGUACCUGUUCGCAAUUUUUAACUCUUUACAAGGAUUGUUUAUCUUCAUCUACCACUGCGCCUUGAAAGAAAAUGUCAGACGACAAUGGAGAACAUACCUGUGUUGUGGAAAAAUGAGGCUACCAGAGAACUCAGAAUGGAGUCUUACAGCAACUCAGAAGAAUAAAAAAGUUUCCAAGAAAAGACCUUCAUCAGCUCAUUCCAAUAAUUCUAGAUUAUCUUUCCUGAAUAAUGACAGCACCGCCUCUGAUUUGCCCAUGGGGAUUAGCAACCCCUAUGAUGAUAGGAUAAUAACAGCAUCAGAAGAGCCCAGCUCAGACGUGGUAUUGAACGAGAUCAAUAACAAACACCGGGGUAAAAAGUCAUAUUGAAUAUGAUGAUCCACAAUCGCUCCUGCCAAGUGAAUCGGCAUGUGUGUGUAACAGUGAUAAGACACUGUUAUUUCCCUUGUAUUUUAACUUUAUAAAGUAUUGUGUGUUGUAAUGUAUUUAACAAAAGAGGUUUAUAUUUUAACUUCAAAUGAAGCACUUUAAUCAAUGAAAUGUAAAAAACUACAAAUAACCAGAAAACCUAUGAUUCAGAGACAACUUUCUUUUGUAAACAGUAACCACUGGCUUACUGUGUAUGAAAUGAAACGAUUUUCUUAUAUGCUGUUGGUCAAUGAUAUGAUUGUUUUAUGAAAGUAGCUAUGAGGCUGGAAUACUCAAAAUACUCUAAUCAAAUAUGUUGUAAUGUUAUUUUAUUUUUGUAUAUUUAUAACUUUAAUUAUGAGUAUAACGAAUAAAAAAAUGGAAAAUGUUUGUAAAGAGU